AUGCAUCAGACCCGCUCUGCACCAAUGGCUCUGCUGGCACUUCUGAUGCUCACACUCGAGGUGUCCAAGAGCCAGUCCUGCCCCAGGAGCUGUAACUGCUACCAGGCCAAUGAAGUCCACUGCACCUUCCGUUCAUUGCUUACUAUCCCUCUUGGCCUGCCUUCACAUACACGACGCAUGAAUUUAGGGUUUAAUAGUAUCAGCAGACUUAAUGACAAGUCUCUGGUUGGGCUGAAGAGGGUGGAGCUUCUGAUGCUGCACAGCAAUGACCUUCAACGUCUUCCAGAUGGUGUAUUCAAAGACAUGAAAUCUCUCCAGAUACUAAAGUUGAGCUAUAACAAGCUGAGAGAGAUCUCUUCAUCUCUGACCUUCUCUGGUCUGACAUCACUGCUGCGCCUUUACUUGGAUCACAACCUGCUCCAGCACAUCCACCCUCGGGCUCUGCUCCAGCUGCCUAGCCUCAGGCUGCUUCGCCUGCAAGGCAACAGGCUGCAUCAGCUGCACCCUCACACUCUGUGCACGCUGUCAUUUUUGAAUACAUAUUACGUUUCUACAGUGAGACACCUAGACCUUUCCAACAACAGUCUAACUACCCUGCCCAAAGAGUGUGUAACAACAGCACCUCUGUUGGAGACACUUUUUCUGCAGGCUAAUCCUUGGAGCUGUGAUUGCAGGAUGAAGUGGUUUCUCUCAUGGAGUCUUGCUCACCCAGGCUUAUUGAAAUGUCCUGGUGGUCCUCAGUGUCCAGUUUGUGACUCGCCUCCAUCAUUCCAGGGACAGGGUUUGCUUGAUCAGACGGUUCUACUGUGCAUAUCACCGAUCAUCAACUCACCUGGGAAAGAAGCACCAUUGAAAUUAGACCUUAGCGAAAUCCAGCCAAGAGAGAACUUCAGAGAGCUGUUAGGCAAAGUCUUUUUGGGUCUGUCUGACCAACAUGGGUACAGCGUUGAUCUGAGUUGCAAUAUUUCUCACUCUGCUGACUCCCUGGACAUUGCUCCUCCUCCAGAUCUCUCCUGGAGUUCCUCUUCUCCUCUUUCGCUUGCUUUGUCUCUCUCCCUGGACUGCCCUGUAGUAGGACAAAGCUAUGAGAAACUUUGGAGGAUUCUGGCUUACUACAGUGAAACUGCAGCUCGCCUUGAGAGGGAGAUCAUGCUAAGUAAAGCCCCAGCAUUGGCCUACCGCUACAGGCAGGCACCAGAGACAGAUGGAUAUUAUCACACUGAUGUCAAAGCCUCUGUUAAAGCCAGACCAGAAUGGUUACUACAGUCAGCAAUUAGCAUUCAGCUUGACAGAGCGCAGUCUAACCGGCAUAAAGUUCAACUUAUAUACACAACAAGAGUUUCUGCACGUCCUGAUGCAACAUUUUAUCCCUCACUAUCUUCCCCUAUUUCUCACCCAUGGGUGAUGAUUUUAGCCAAUUAUACUAACACAGCAGUACCAGCAGUAGCAGGCAGAAACAUACAGCUGUCUUGUCCUGUCCUUUCUUCUAGUAAUCCUAGUGUGCAGUGGAUUUUCCCAGAUGGAUUUAAAUUUAAUACUCCUUCCAGAAGUUUAGAUGGAAGGCUCCAGGUGUCAGCCUCAGGUUUACUUGUACAAAGAGUACAGCUCUCUGACCGUGGGCUUUACUACUGCGUUGCCAGAGCUGGAAGAGAUUUUGAUGUUCUUCCAUUACGUCUGGCAGUAGAAGAGUCCUCUGUUCCGUAUUUAAAUGAGAUAAGUGGACUCCCUGUCACUGGAACCAUUGGAGAGGCUGUCACUAUGACCUGCAGGAUAUCUGGUUCACCAGAACCUUUGGCAAGUUGGAUUUUGCCGGAUGGAAAUGUUGUAUUGCAAGGAUUAGCUGUAUUAGGUGGAUCGAUAGUACAUUCAAAUGGUAGUCUCUCUCUGCAUACAUCCACUCUGAAGGAUACAGGAUAUUAUCGCUGCAUUGCUGUCAACCAGUAUGGUAGUGACAGUAUAUCCAUGCAGCUGAUAUUAAAAGCACAGCAUGUUUCUGCUCUUGAGACCUCAUUUCCCAGAGGACCUCAGUCAGCAGCUGGCAGGUCAACAAAGAUACCAGCCCCCAUUUUUCAGCAGAUUGAUGAAGGAUCAGGGGAUGAAGAUGAUGAAGUAGAACAAAAAACCUCCAGUGGUAAAAGGAUAUUUCAAACUUCUCUCCAACAACGCCCAAACAGACAAUAUCCAAUUAAAAAGCCACAACGACAUAGUCAUGUAAGAAAGGGGCACCUGCAAAGGCUCGGAGGACCUACUUCACUGACUGGGCAGAAGAAACAGCGCUUUCAGAACAGACAUAGAUUAACCACAAAGAAACACAGGAUAGACCCUCAGAAAUGGGCUGACCUCUUGGCAAAGAUUCGUCAAAAGACUACCAACAGCACCAACAGCCAAAUAAUUGCAGGAGGAAAACCAACAACCGAACCUAUCCAUGAAGGCAAAGAUAAACAAAUGAGAGAAAAAGGAAAAGAUGAUGAUACAAAUAAAAGUAUAGCUCACAGCAUACAGGAGGAACCAGAGACUGAAGGGUCUUCAGUUGAUGACACUAAUGUAAAAGAAGAACAACCACAGCUCUUUGAGUCACCUUAUGAAGAUACAAAGAUAAUAAAAGCAACACAAACCAUUGUCGAAACAGAAAAUUUGAGUGAGAGGUCAAUGGACAAACAUGUGGAUUCAGAAAUUGACACAAAAACGCAGAUAGAGAAAGGCAGUAAACAAACAAUAACACCAGUAAACCCAAUGACAGAAACAGAGCAUGUCACACUUAAUCCAUUGUCAGGAACAAAUGAAAUAGUUCUAGAAUCAAUUGUGUUGCAUAAGCAAGGACCAAAACUAAGCCCAGCGAGAUCCAAACAACAGAUUCCUAAUCAGGGACUCUUCCCCAAUAUGAUCCCAAACUCCCGGCCUCAAAGCCCCUGGAACACACGCAGAAGGAUUGGACAACGAAGGCGAAUUAACAGGCCGAGGGUCCUGCCUUUACCCUCACUGCAACCUCACUCAGUAAACCUGAUAACCCAAACAGUGGCACUUAAGUCAACUCCAGAUAAAAUCACUAUGUUGUUGCGCAUGUCAACAACCACAUUUUCACCUAUUAUGCUGACAUUGAGAGACUAUGGUAGGACUGCUCUGAAUGGUGUGUCUGUGACUCCUCUAUCUCCCACUGUUUCAGACACUCAUAGUAUUACUACUUCAAAUUUUGUAUCACCCCCGCUGAGUCCCUCCUCUACAACCCCACACACAUACACAGACAUGAUGAUUCAUUCAGGCAAGAAACAAAUAACUGAGGAGUCUACUUUUAACAGCACACCAGCACCCACACAAUCUACUACUAUGCUUUCAGAGGCGCAUGUGCUAGAAACUGAUAAUAGGACAUUUACACAUGCUGUAAAGGCUCACACAGCAACACAAACAACCUUAGGCAAACAUGCUGAGAGACUCCCAAACAAACACAGCAAGGAGUUAGAGACGAAUGUGUUGGGUGAGUCCCACCUUUCAAUCACUCAUUCUUUCACUGCUUCCUCAGUCCUAAGUGCAUCUUCAACCACCAACAGUGCAUCAAAAAUCAUGACUGCUUCUUCAGCUGCUCCCGAGAGAGCUAGUUAUUUUGGCAGCAGUAAAAGUACACCAGCAUCUAUGACUAAUGAAGACACAAUCCUCACAACAACCCCAGAUGCUAUUAUAAGUCCCACCAUGUCUCCUUCAACUCCUAUUAACAUUCCAGUAUCAAGCACUCCCAGACAGAUUUCAGCUUUGUCCACCUCAAUGACUUCUACAAGCACUAUGCCAACUUCUUGCUCUACUACCUCUUCAAUUUUGACCUCCACUACUACCUUCAGGCCAGUAACUACAUGGCUCAGUAUCACUUCUAAUCCUUCCAGCAGCAAAAGUAGUGCUACAGUCUUAUUAAAGGCCGUCCCUAAAACUUCCAGCCCCACUUUAGCCACCGCAUCCAGGACCAAAACCACAAUUCUAACUACUACAGAAAGUGCUAUAACCAGAACAUUUCCAACUACCACAAAUAAAUCAACAGUGAAUACUCAUUUGUCAACUACCACUACAAUAGAAUCAACGAGCACCAAAGCUUUACCAAGAGACAAAGAAGUAACUGGCCAUUUUGACCACCAAGUGAAUGGUCAAAACAGGAGUCAAACACCUACUGAUUGGAAGUACCAAGGAGCUAAUACCAUUCCGGAUUCACACAGAAGCAAGUUUCAUCGGCCUCCCUUGUCAAUUCCUGCUUCUCCAAGGGCUCCGGUUUUAAGAUCUAGACCAAGGAUUCCAGACCCUCACAUCCGAACGAUGUCAGUACCGGCAGAGAGCACGGCAAGGCUGGCUUGUGGAGCUCAAGGAGAGCCAAAACCUUCAAUCACAUGGACUAAGGUUACUACAGGAGCGGUGAUGUCAAUCCACUCCAGGGCUCAGCGUUUUGAGGUCUUGCCAAACGGCACUCUUGUUAUCCAGAAUGUACAGGUGCAGGACAGGGGAGCAUAUAUUUGCAGUGCGAGCAGUUUCCUGGGCCGUGACAGGUUGUUAACCAUGCUCGAAGUCAGGUCUCGCCCUCCUCAUAUGCACAUAAUGACUUAUAGGGAAGUUACCAUUCAUCAGGGUGGACAGGUUCACAUGGAGUGCAAAGCAGAUGGUGUUCCAGCCCCUCUGCUCUCCUGGGUUCUGCCUAAUCGCUCUACCUUAACCUCAACUGUCACCUCUUCUAAUCGAAUCAGUAUGGACACAAAUGGAACCCUUCACAUCUCAGUAACAUUGCCCACUGACCGAGGAGUGUAUCGCUGUGUGGCGUCCAACUCAGCUGGCGAGGCCAGCGCCUCAGUACGUCUCCAUGUGUCCUCGUUGCCACCGGUUAUUCAGCAACCCAGGGAAGAGCACCUGCUUUUUGCUGUAGGUUGGCCUGUUUAUGCUCACUGCUCUGCCAGAGGGGCCCCAACACCAACUCUGCGUUGGCGAAUUCCAGAUGGGACACUUGUUCGUCCAUCUCAGUUUCUUCAUGGGAACCUCUUUGUCUUGCCCAAUGGGACACUGCAUAUCCGCAACUUUGGGUCAAAGGACACAGGGAGUUAUGAAUGCACUGCCAGUAAUGCUGUGGGGACUUCUAGGAGGACAGUGAGGGUAGAAGUUGAAGAUGGAGAGGCAAAAGACAAAAACACUUCUAAUUCAUCUUCUUUCAACAAAGCCAGAACAUCGAUAAUUCCUAGCCAACCUUCAGAUGCAUUCAGUCCAACUAAAUUCUCUUCUGUAAAUCCCAGUGACAGAUUUAGGAACUUGUCGAUUAGCCCAAGCCCUUUUAACUCUUCCUCUAACUCAUCUCUUAAAAUCAAUAAAACAGUAAAAGUUUACCCAUUGCAAUUUUCCGACAUCAAAAAAGCAAAUCCCUUCUCUGUUUUCUCACCUUCCACUGUGCCAACAAAUAACACCAAAGUAUCACCCAGUGUUAACAACACAAGAGUUACAUCUUCUUUCCCUGCAGAAAUAAAAACCUCAGCUGUUUUGCAGCCCCGGCCUGUCUCUCCUUUCACUAAAGCCCGUAUUGUCUCUACAUCACCCUCCAUCUCUACUGUUAACUAUGGGGGGACUUUAAAUCUUAACUGUUCUGUAACUGGACAUCCCACCCCAAUCAUUAUAUGGAGGACCCCCACCAGGAAGCUAGUGGACAUGCACUACAGCUUUGACCAACGUCUAAAAGUGCAUCCUGAUGGAACACUGUCAGUUCAGACGGUAACAGAGAAGGACAGUGGAGACUACCUGUGUAUUACACGCAAUAAGGUUGCUGAUGAUUUUCGCAUUCUUCGUGUUUCUGUGGCCACUAAGCCUCCCAAGAUUGAGCCAAAACAGCCAGUGAAUCAGAUGGUGUCAUUUGGGAAACCUCUGAAGGUAGACUGCCAGGCCUAUGGAUUACCUCAUCCAAAUGUGCGUUGGAAGCUACCAAAUGGAACCACGGUGAGCAGUGUGCUGUUUGAAGAGGACAGUAGGGGUCGAAGACAGCAACUUACUGUGUUUGACAAUGGGACAUUACUGGUUCCAGCAGUUGGUGUAGGAGAAGAAGGCGAGUAUAUGUGCCAUGCUGAGAACCAGGCGGGCCAAGAUACCAUGAAGGUCAUAGUAAAAGCCAUUAAGAGGACUCCACCAAGCGGCACUGAUGACAAAAGUCAAUAUUUCAUCAAGGUGCAGCAGGGGGAAACUGCCACCAUUCCCUGCCAGAUCAAAGGAGAUCCUGCCCCAACGAUUACAUGGAUUUCGCCAGAUCUCCUUGUUAUCCCACAAAGUUUGGGAUCUGGCCUUUAUUCUGAACGUAUUGUGGUUGUUUCAAAUGGAACCCUGGAAGUGCGUUCCGCCCAAAGAACUGACUCAGGAAAUUAUACUUGUCGAGCAAGCAACUCAGUUGGGAUGCAAAGUAUGGUGGUUAGCUUGGAAGUUGAGACUUCUAGCCACAGAAAUAUAGGACAAGUGGAAAAAGGACUAGGUUGGAGUGUCAAAAGACCUGAUAGCAAUCAUGGCACUAUUACUGCAAGAACUAUCAAGUUUGGAUCCAAUGCAGUGAUUGCAAGCAAGGUCAGAAACAAUAACAGCUAUAGUGAUAAUAGUGAAAUAAGAAACAUAGUUCCAAACUCCAAUGUCAACUCAGUAUUCAGUGGAUCCAACCCAACCCUAAGAAGUUAUAGUCAACAUGGAUUUAAAAGUCCCGUGCAAGGAUUUACAACACAACAGGGUAGUGCUGGGAUAAGGGUUGGGACAAAUGAGGCACAGAACACAGGCAUUAAGAUAGACAGUACUGCAUUAAAUAGAAAGGCACCUAGAAUUCAAAGCAGAACUGGUAAUUUAGAACAUAGCCAAAGCACAGGUAGAGGAGAAAGUGCUGAAAGAAAUCCUGAGGUGAAUAGCAAUGAAGUCAUUGCAGGAAAAAAAAGUAAUGAUGUUAAUACCAGCAGUGACAACAGCAGGUUAACUGGUAUUUCAACAAAUGGCCAAAGCAUUAGUUUGUCAAGUACUGGAGCUGGUACAAGCACACUAAGAGGAUAUGUUUUCAGCAGGAAUAGUCAUUCAGGGGGGACCAGUGAUAACAGAAGAAAUAAUGUUUCUUCAAGUGGCAAUUUAGACACAGCUCAGGGUGGGGGAACAACAACAAAGCAGCGAGCAGCUAAAGGCCAGACUGUCACUUUACCGUGUCCUUACAAAGGUCAUUCUCCACUUCGUUUGGCCUGGCUUCUGCCUGGAAACGGCAUGCUGCCGGCACCUUACUAUGGCAGCCGAAUCACUGUGCACCGAAACGGCUCCUUGGAGUUUCGGGAUGUAAGGGUGAGUGAUGGUGGGACUUUGAUUUGCAUAGCAAAAACUGAAAGAGGUGACACUUUGAUGCGGGUCCAACUUGCAGUGUCGGACCCAUGGUUGGAUGUGAGAUCCCAACAAGACAAAGAAGUGGAAAAUAUACCUCUGAAGGUCGAUUUAAAUGUAACUCAGUCUUUACUCUCAAGGACAGUUUCGCCUCUGCUGGAUUCACGGAGUGGCCCAGGUUUGCCGGGGACAGCUCACUCUAUAAACUCUCCACCAUCCUCUGGAUCAGUCUCCAAACCCACAAUAAACACCAGAACAGCCCCUCUAGUUAGCACCAUUAAUGGAGAGACCCUCCGACUGCAUUGUCCUGCCUCUCAACCCCAGGGCUCUAUUUCAUGGACGAUGCCCAGUGGCAAGAUGCUAUCCAGGGGUGACAGUGGUGAUCUGGGGCGAUAUGUGGUGGAAGAAGAUGGAACACUGAUAAUCAAACAGGUGUCUGUGUUUGACCGAGGCAGCUACACCUGCAGGUUCUCCAGUCAUGACUCUUCUUCACUUUCAGUCAUUACAGUUCCUGUCAUUGUUAUUGCCUACCCUCCACGUAUCACAAUAGGCCCCUCUCCUGUGACCUACACCACAGGUGGUGUUGCUGUGGAGUUGCCCUGCUUGACCAUAGCCACCCCACGAGCAACAGUUACUUGGGAGACACCAGUCCUGACACAGCUAAGUGUGAUGGGUCAGCCUCGUAUUUAUGGCAAUCUCUACCUGAGUCCUCAGGGUUCUUUGGUGAUACAAAACCCGACACAGAGAGACACAGGAUUUUACAGAUGCAUCGCCAAAAAUGUAAUAGGAGUGGACAGCAAGGCAACCUACCUGCAUGUUAUGUAACAGGUUAAAGCAACUAUAUAUACAGUAACCCUUUCAACCUUGAAGCAGAAUUACAUAGACUCCUUUGACCACCUUUAAUAAAAUAAAUCUUUAUCUUUCCCAAAGGAACUGCAAAGCUUUGUUUCUGACAUACUGCUGAAACUGAAGAACAGAGAUUUUCCCUAAUGCAGUAUGUAAUUCUGGUGCAUAGUGUUGCCCAUCACUUUCCUUUCCUUGUCCUUAAACUAAAAAUACUCAAAUGUGUGCUUUUAAUCAACUGAGAUGUUUUUUUUAUAUUUUCACGUAAAUUUAGAUUAGUUUGUUUGUCAAGUAAAACAAAUUGUUGGCUUAAGCCAAAAUGAUUAUGUUGACAAUCUAAACAGGUGGCUUUUGUGUGGGUAUUUAUAUAUUUAAAAUGCUUAAUCUAUUAAGCUUUGAGCGCUUGUGUGAAGGAUGAAUUGGUAUUCCCUUUUGCUCAGUUUCAGACUCUGUGAGUACAAUACUCUGUAAUGCAAAUUCUAAACUAAGGCAGCUUUCUUUUUUUUUUUUAACCUAGUAGACAUUUGUUUACUGGGGCCUCAUCCACACUAACAUCAAUAUUUUGCAAGGAAGAUAUUUUGGUCUACAUUUGCAAUAGAAACUAAAAUAACAGCAGAACAAUGACUUUCAAAUUUGUUUACCUUUUGCCAGACUCAGUUUCCAUUGACCCGAAGAACAUAGAGUUGUUGUUACACAGUUUCUUAUCUUGCCAUGUAUGUUGGCAUAUUUAAAAAAUGGGUUACAACAUGAUGAAAUUAAAUGCAUUUUGUCAGAACAUCAUGUAUGCAACUUUUGAUGCACCCAUGUUUUGUACAGUGCAUUUCUAUUAGGAUGAAAGGUGUAAAAUGUACAGUGUUCUACUGCAUCAGAUGGGGUACAUUGUCUUUUAAAGUAUUUUAAACCCCUAAAAUUGUUAAACUUGUGGGUUUUUGUUUAUUAGAGCAUGAAAAAAAUAGUUUAAAUCGGUUUCUAACUGUAAUGUAUUGUGAUGUGAUGUGACAUAUGACUAGUACAAUUCAAAUGAAAAAUAGGAAAAUAUAUAAGAUAAAAAAAAUAAAUAAAAUAAUCUUGUUAAACUAA